AUGAAGUUCCCCGCUUUCCUCAGUGCCGUCGCCCUUUUCGGCCACGCCAGUGCCUUCUACGGCCAGAUGUCUGCCUCGGACUAUUUCAUCAAUGAGGGUGGUGUUUACCAAAAUGUCUACCUUAAGGAUGACAAGACCGGAUCUACCUACUCGGGCUACCUCCGUGGUGGCUUCAAUGGAUGCACUAGCAGCCCAUGCAAUUUACAGUUCUCCGAGACUAGUGCUGGAGGCUACGCCUUCUAUGCUUCGAUGUGGCGCACCAGCGACGGAUGCCACAACAUUGAUUUCCAGGGUGCUUUGGAUUCUCACCAUGGUUACUGCUGUGGCUCGCUGCCUUGUGAUUUCAGUGCUUAG